AUGUCGAACCGUCCUUCCGUUGGUAUCGUCGGUGCCGAUGGCGCCAGCAGCGGCAAGACCCUGUCUCUGCCAGCUGUCUUCAGCUCCCCAAUCCGUCCCGAUAUCGUUCAGAGCGUCCACACUGGAAUCGCAAAGAACAAGAGACAGCCAUAUGCCGUGAGCGAAAAGGCAGGCGAGCAGACAUCCGCAGAAUCAUGGGGAACUGGUCGUGCUGUUGCACGUAUCCCUCGUGUCUCUGGUGGUGGUACUCACCGAGCCGGUCAAGCUGCUUUCGGUAAUCAAUGUCGAUCUGGCCGUAUGUUCGCACCCACCAAGGUCUGGAGAAAGUGGCAUCAAAAGGUCAACCAGGGUCAACGCCGAUUCGCAACUGCAUCUGCCAUCGCAGCCAGCGCCGUUCCAGCUCUCCUCUUGGCCCGUGGACAUCGCAUCACUACCGUCCCGGAAGUCCCACUUGUCGUUUCCAGCGCGGCAUUCGAAGGUGCUGCUCUGGUCAAGACCUCUGCUGCUGCUGCUCUGUUGAAAGCCGUUGGCGCUGGUCCAGAUAUCGUCAAGGUCCAAAAGUCACGCAAGCUCCGUGCAGGAAAGGGUAAACUGAGAGGCCGACGCCACCGUCAACGUCGUGGUCCCCUAGUGGUCUACAACCCUGAGAGCGAUGGCAAGGAGCUUGUCCGUGCUUUCCGCAACAUCCCCGGUGUCGAGACAUCCUCUGUGUUCGCCUUGAACCUUCUCCAACUUGCCCCUGGUGGUCAUCUAGGUCGCUUCGUCAUCUGGACUUCCGGUGCUUUCGAAGCUUUGGACACCAUCUACGGCUCCACCACCGAACCAUCUGCACUGAAGAAGGACUUCCUCCUCCCAUCUAACGUUGUCUCCAACGCCGACAUCACCCGUCUGAUCAACAGCUCCGAAGUUCAGUCCGUUCUCAAAGAGCCCAAGGGCUAUGCUACCACCAAGCGAACUGGCGUCCAGAAGAAGAAUCCUCUGCGCAACAAACAAGUUCUACUCCGUCUCAACCCCUAUGCUGCCCAAUACUCCAAGCAGAAGCUUGGCCAGACGAGCACGGCAGAGAACAAGAAGCCUGAGCCUCUCAGCGAGAAGUUCGUGGAACUCCUACACGAGAACUAG